AUGAGUCAAACCAUUUCCACUACCUGUGCACCGGUUGCACAAGGGAAUCCCAAGGCUCCCAUAAUUCAACUCCCUGACGGCACCACGCCAAAGUCGACGCUUUUAUCCCCAAACGCCCCGUCCUCGUACCAUCGCAAUGGGCAUGUCAACCUGGAUACCUUUUCUCCCGUCAACGAAAACGGGAGCUUCGAGUUCGAUCGCGUUCUGAAGACCGGCAAGGUGACCCGCCGCGUCAAGCACAAACAUGCAUUCCGCGCCUCCUGGAAGCCCGCAUAUCUCGUUCUCCGCCCCAAUCUUCUCUCGGUAUACAAGGAUGAGGAGGCUACAAGACUACGGGCGUCUAUUACCCUGUCCGAGGUGACAGCGGUUGCGCCUGUCAGGUCUCCCCGGUCAAACCGCGAGCACGUAUUCGGUGUCUUUUCUCCCUCGAAGAACUACCGUUUUCAGGCCACUUCGGACAAGGAGGCGGAGGUCUGGAUCAAACACAUCCGAGGGGAAACUCGCGUGGACGAAGACGAGCAGGCAUUCCUGGCAUUGUCGAAGAACGGCGAUGUUGCGGCAAGCAGUAAGCGCCGCGUCUAUGAUACCACCGAUCAUUCGGACGUAGAGCCUCGCGGAAGACCAAGCUCUCCUGAGCUGGGAGGAGCACUGUCGCCGUCUACUAAGUCCAAGCGCUUUGCCUCCCCCCACGACUGCUCGGGGAACGAUAUCACCUCUUACUCAGAAUGGUCUGAUGGCCCUACGAGCAAUCACAGUGUGCGCCGUAAAUCGCCCUCCAUCCAGAACCAGCCCGCGUCCAUUAAGAGCGACGGACAUCCCUCCGUCCCACGAACCGAUUCCGGGAUUCUCCGUGACCCCGAAAGGGUUGUAUGCAACGGGUAUCUCCAGUGUCUCAAGAUCAAGGGGUCCAUGCGCCAGUGGAAGCGGCUGUGGGUCGUGUUGCGCCCCAAAAGCCUUGGCUUUUACAAAGACGAGCAGGAGUAUUCUGCCGUCAAAGUCGUCCCCAUGGCCCAGGUCAUCGAUGCCGCCGAGGUCGAUCCCAUCUCCCGUUCGAAGCUGUUCUGCCUCCAGAUCAUUGCCGAGGAGAAGUCGUACCGGCUUUGCGCCCCCGAUGAAGAGGCUCUGGCCAAAUGGCUCGGGUCUCUGAAGAGUAUCAUCGUCGCCCGCAAGAAACUGGAGCCCGCAUCAGGAGCCGCCAGCCUCACUUGA